GGAAGCUACUCCCCCAUUUCUAUAUCUCUUCCCCUCUACUUCCUUAAUUAAUUCCUCUAUAUUUAUCUACUAACUAAAAGCCUUCAACUACUAUUCUUAGUAGUUGUUUCAUGUGACUCAUCUUCAUUUUUUUCAACUAAAACGUACCAAACUUUUCAGCUCACAUAAAUUUUGUACAACCCCCCCAAAAAUAUCUUGUAUUUGGGUUGUGCAAGAUUUGACAUUUUUGCAGAAAUAUUGCUGUAAAGACUUGAUUUUGGAGAGUUUUUGCUUGAUAUUUUGUGGGGUUGUCAUUUUUUUUUUGUUCUGAUGGGGAAUUGCAUAGGUUCCUCAGCUAGAGUUGAAGCCACUUUGAGCUCUAAUACCCCUUCUGCUUCUGAAGCCUCAAGAUUUCCAAGCAAAACCAGCGAUUCUUCUGUUCCGUCAAGCCUAAGUAUUCCAUCCUACGGAAGGAAAAGCAGUUGUGAUAGCAUCCCUACUCCAAGAUCCGAAGGCGAAAUAUUAUUUUCUCCUAAUGUCAAAUCCUUCUCAUUCAAUGAAUUGAAAAAUGCAACGAGGAAUUUUAGACCUGACAGUCUUCUUGGGGAAGGCGGAUUUGGUUAUGUUUUUAAAGGAUGGAUCGAUGAGCAUAAUCUUACUGCUGCAAAGCCUGGUUCGGGAAUGGUGAUUGCUGUCAAGAAAUUGAAGCCAGAGGGUUUUCAAGGUCACAAGGAGUGGCUGACUGAAGUUAAUUACCUCGGGCAACUUCGUCAUCAAAAUUUGGUUAAACUCAUUGGCUAUUGCAUCGACGGUGACAACCACCUUUUGGUGUAUGAGUUCAUGCCUAAAGGAAGCUUGGAGAACCAUUUGUUUAGAAGAGGACCUCAACCUCUGAAUUGGGCUACAAGAAUAAAGGUGGCUAUUGGUGCUGCUAGAGGCCUUGCAUUCCUUCAUGAUGCUAAAGAACAAGUCAUAUAUCGGGAUUUCAAGGCUUCAAAUAUUCUGUUGGAUGCAGAAUUUAAUGCAAAGCUGUCUGAUUUUGGUUUGGCUAAAGCUGGGCCAACCGGUGAUCGCACUCAUGUAUCCACUCAAGUAAUGGGUACACAAGGCUAUGCUGCUCCCGAAUAUGUUGCUACAGGUCGUUUGACAGCAAAAAGUGAUGUUUACAGCUUUGGCGUUGUGUUGCUUGAACUGUUAUCAGGCCGACGUGCUGUUGAUAACACAAAGGUCGGUAUAGAGCAAAAUCUUGUAGACUGGGCAAAGCCAUAUUUGGGUGACAAGAGGAGGUUGUUUCGAAUAAUGGAUACCAAAUUAGAAGGCCAGUAUCCUCAGAAAGGGGCAUAUACAGCUGCUAACCUUGCUUGGCAAUGUCUAAGCAAUGAGCCCAAGCUCCGGCCACGAAUGUCUGAGGUUUUAGUUGCACUUGAAGAGCUUCAAUCUCCAAAAGGUGCUAGCAAACUCUCACAUAUCGAGCAUAGGGGUAUUUCUAGUCCCGUGGCAGUAUCGCCUAUGAGACAUCGCUCACCCCUGAAUAUGACACCGUCUGCUUCUCCAUUACAAGCUUAUCAAAAGUCUCCUCGCGGAAGGUGACUGAGAGAAUAUAUAUAUAUUUAGUUGUCAUUGUACAUUUCACAUAUAUCUACCAAAUUUUGUUGUCUAGUAUGUAUUAAUGCAUUGGCAUUCCUAGCAUAGUUCUGUUUUUUUGUUCAAUGCUGAAAUACUCACUCUGUAGCCUAUUCAUACGUUGUGUUAGCUCUUGUUAUCUAA